GAACCCGUUGGAGAAGGCACAACACAUAGGACAAAAAAGAAGUAAACUUUGGGACAGAUAAACACCUGGCAACGCGGAGGAAAGAAACCGAGCAGAACUUGGCAACAUCUCUUCUCUCCCCUGGCUCUCCGGUGUGUGAAGACACCGUGCUAUAGUUCCUAUCUUUAAAGUCACCCAGUGCCUCUCUACAUCAUAGAUGAUUAUUGUCCUCCCACAUCUUCGCCAGAGCAAAAAACGAACCGUACACCAGCAGGACGAAAAGAAACUGUAGUGAUUUGUAGUCAAGUGAUUUUCUCCAACAUUUUGAGCAAAUUCAGAUGAACCACAGCUACCAGAGUUUACCUGUCAAUAGUGUAUUAAGUUAGCUGCCCCCAAGAUCAACCAUUAUCAAAGCUUCUGAUUAGUCUAAACCUCGUUCAUCAGCAUUACUCAGUUAUCUCUUAAAGUCAGUCUAUCUAAGAAAGCUGCAAACAGUACUUAGCACCAUUAUGGCCUCCAUCACCCAGUCAUCCCAGCCCGAGAUCCCAGACAACCACAAAGAGAGCUGGCUGGCGCUACUUUCCGCUGCGGAGACGUAUUGCCAAAAGUCUGGCUGCGACUUGGCCAUACUUACAGCCUGUAAGAAGUUCCGGUUGUCGGCUGGAGACGUAGACGGGAGGAGGAGCGGCAGUGCCUUUCCUAAGGAGUGUGAUUUCUCCUACAAUGUAUGGGGUCAGGGGUUUCUGGCCGAGUCGGCGCGCCGCUACAUGGACGACAUCGGCGUGCUGCACUCCACAACCAUGCUAACAGCCCAAAAGCACACACGCCAGGCAGUAGGAGAGGGAGGAACCAAGCUGAUGGUUGACCUGACCUCAGACCCCGGACACAGGGGGAACUUCACAGGAGACGGAGGGGUGGGGGGAGUCAGUCCCAACGGCAGACUGUACUCCCAAAGCUACCCGUCAAUCUACAGCUCAGGAGCUGUGACCGGGCAGGGCACCGGGCAGAACGGUAACGGAGAGAGGGAACGGGAGAAGGAUGUCCUGGAGGCCGAGCAGGGGAGACAGAGGUCAGGGAUUGUGGACUUGGAAGAAGAGUGUGAGGACGAGGAGGAGGAGGAGGAGGACAUGGAUGAGAGGAGACCCUAUGGGAAUGAAAGCGCUGGUGUCUUCUCCAUGGACGAGGACUCUCUGUCCCGGGACUGCGAGCCGUUCUUUGAGUCCGACGGGGAGGAAGAGAGCACCGAUGGCUCUUUGAGCGAGGACGCUCCUCCGCCGCCACGUGGCAUGGCUAUGGGUCAGGCCUCGUACUCGUCCCGUCACGCCCACCCCAUGGCUCUGGCCCGCUCGCUGCCCGUAUCUGUGCCUGUGUGGGGCUGCAGAGGAAACCGAUCUGCUCAAGGAGAGGGCAACAGUGGAGAACGGGUGGGCUGCGCUGACCUGGAGCACAUCGCCGCCAGCAUGAAGGCCCUGCUGGCCCCCGGAGCCACCGAUGGGACAGAAAUGUUUGGAGCCCUGCCUCGGCCCCGUCUCAACACAGGGGACUUCUCCCUCAAGCACUGAGAGAGAGAGGGAGAGAGAGACAGAGAGAGCGAGGCGACUUGAGAGAGAAAGAGAAAGGGAUAGAGAUAGAGGGAGAGGGUCAGAGCGAUAAAAGAAACGUGGAGAGAAGUUGUGGUGACAGGAGGAGAGCUGGAUUGUCUGGCAGAUGUGACGUACAGUAUGUGAAACCGUGUAAAAGCUAGUACCUCCAUUUAUUUCUCACUAACCAAAAUUAACGGCACAUGCUUUGAGGAGUAACUGACAAAAAGACGUGUUGUUAUAAACACUAAUAACAUUUUCAACACUAUACUCCCCCUCCCUCCUCGUCACUACACAUUUUCACAAUACUAGUUACUACACAUCCCACCACACUACAUUAGGGCCUCAAAAUGUGUCUGUAGUGACCCACUGCACUGACCAACACACACACUAAUAAAACAGGGUGUAUAAGUAGUCUAACUGACACGAGCGAUCGUUAAUUGUUACGAACCUUGUGUGCUGAUUGGUUUGCUUUGGUAAAAUUACCUGUGAAGUGAUGAGAACUAGGGGAACAGCCAUCUGUACCCGGGUUGAUCGUUGGCUCCGGUGCUGCAUGCCAACUAUCAGACACCAUUUUGAGCGAUGUUAGCAUUAUUAGUGAUGUGUUAUCCUAAAAGAUAUAUGGCAACGCGUUUGAACGCUUCUGAACCGUGGCGUAAAAUUAGGAAAACUUAAACUCUUUUGUGAAAUACGCUUCUGUGCGUUCUUUCCAAGAGUUGGCUGAGAAAAAUUAUACCUCGCUUAAUAUAGAGUGGAAGCAGAGGGAAACAGCUACUCUGGCUCUCUUUAAAGUUCAAAAAUACACAUACCAGCUCCUCUAAACCUCACUAAUUAACUACAUUUUUCUAUAAUCGGCACACAUACAUAUCUGUUUCCUGUAUGUGUUUCACACAAAGAACGAAGAAGAAAAACGCCCCAUUAUUUAGUCCCAUCAUUUAAGUCCUCUAAAUUAGUUACGUUCUUGGAGCAACUUAACAAAAGAAACUAGAUGCAAACUGCGUCUAGCUCAUUUUUAAAUUAAGUGAAUUGAUUAUAUUAGUGUUAAUAUUGGAUUUAGGUGUAACUGCCAGGGAUGGUGGUUUUGCCGUUGCUGUCAGAAAUUCCUGAGAGCUUUAACUCAGAAUUACAACCUGGAGGGUGACAUGAAUGUAUUUCGGGACUCAUGAACGUAACCAUAGUGCUAGUGUCCGGUAACUUCAAUGUGCAGACAACAGGACCCUGGGAAAUCACUUUCAGGUGCGUGUUGUUUGUCAAGAAGUCUUCCAACAUGUAAAAAAAAAUUACAUUUCUGUGUUAACAGACUAAACAAAAUAAUAAGUAAACCAGUAAAUUGGUGAGCUCUGAUAGUGUUGAUAGGUGUAUUUUUGGACUUUCAGAGAGAACCAGGUUAGCUGGUUUCCCCUGCUUCCCGUCUUUAUGCUAAGCUAAGCUAAUGCUCAUGGCCAUGCUGUCAUUUAGCACAAUAUAUGCUAAAGUUUUAGCAUCAGGCACAAGAGCCAGUGAUCUUCCUGGAUCACAUGGAUGUUUUCUCUGCAUGCUCCUGUUGUUUACCGGGUAAGUUGACCAACAGGCCAGUUGUUGUCACCCCUGCCCCCAUUAAAAGAAUUAAACCCAAUCUAUUCCUUAAAGGGGUAGAAACCAGACUUAACAUGAAGCUUGUGGCUUUUUCAAAAUGUGAGCGGAGGACACCAGCACCUCCUCAUAACAUGCCUAUUUGUACUUUUACUUUUGCCAAUGAAUGACUGACUGAUAGAAUGAUUGUAAAUCAAUACUGAGUUAUAGGGGAUGGUGGUUUUUUUGCUCCAGAUAUCUUGUUGAAAUGACUGAAUGAAUGAGAAACUGACUGUGUGAGAGAAAGAGAGAGAGAUGGGUUGAUUUGAGUGGAACAAAUGUCCAUCUCUGACAAUACAAAAACAAAUAAAUGUUCCGUUAAGUACUUUUAUGUUUCAAAUAAAGGAGCAACACCAAGAGAAUAA